AAACGAAAACGUCCCUAGUUUUACCCAAAACUGGUCUCCAAUACUGUUUGCGAACCGGACCCACAUGACUCCUCCCUAUAUAAUCCUAUCCUAGGGUUUGUUGACUCUAAUCAUCAUCACACUCUACUCCCACCUGAUCGAAAUAUCUCUCUCUCUCUCUCUGCAUCUAGGAUUACUACUGUGAAACCGAUCAUCGAUGGCUAUGCGAAGAUCAACGGCGGUGCUUCGUUUAAUGGAGGCCCAACGAAGGCCAGGCCUUCGCUACUUGAGCGAUGACAGGGGCCGUGUCCUUAGCGAGGAAGAGCGUGCUGCUGAGAACGUCUACAUCCAGAAAAUGGAGAGGGAGAGGAUGGAGAAGCUGAGGCAGAAGGCUGAGAAAGAGAAGGCAGAGAAGGAGAAGGCAGAGAAGAAAGCUGAAGGAGAGGCUCAUAAGAGCUGAACUGGUCUCUUCACCGACUUGUGGAGCUCUUGCUUUGGAAAUACUACGAGUCGAUGAUGAACGUUGUUGUUACAACAAAUAAAUGUACAUUAUCACUUGGCAUGGCUUUUCGAUGACCGUUACUUUGCGUGACUGUUUAUGAGAAUGGUUAUCCGUAUGAAGUUUGACCAUUGUUGAUGUUUAUUGGUAAUAACUUCAGCUGUGCUAUUGUGGGCAGUUUUUAAUUUUACAAGAUGAUGUUCUCGCCUGUUCCCCUUUAAUGGUAUUGACUCAACAGUUCAUUCUA